CAGUUGUCAAAUUUGAUUUGUAUGUUUUUAUUGUGUGACAACCGACAGUAGUUGCGAACGAGCAGCGAACAAAGUACGAAUAAAAAGAAACACAUUUUCGCUUCGUUUAGACAAAAAAUAUAAAUUGCAAGGGAAUGUUUCUUGUUCCUUUGAUCGCCACAAUUCUAGUAUUAGUGAGAGUCACCCAAGCCUAUGUGUUUCCCAUAUGUCAGGAAACUGGGAAAGCUUUAAACGCGGUUCUUUCCUCACUGCGAUCUUUGAUUCCAAAUUGUAUGAAACUGUUGACCACCAGACCUAAGCCACUUCCGGAACCUACCUAUUGGCAGAAAAUAGGAAAAUUGGUGGGAUACGAGAAAGUCAUAGUCGAAGAUUCCAACAUUGAACCUUGCUUUUGCAACAAUGGUGUCGUCGUUCUAGUCGCCUUGAUAUUGAUGUGUCUAUAUAUUCUUUUUAUAAAAAAGUACUUUGUUACUGUGAAGGACCCAAGGCCGCAGUUCAUUCCUUUUAUGUCUAACGAGGAGGAUGGCUUCGACACGGAGGUGGCUUAUGAGCAGUCAAUCAGAGCCAGACCAACGAUGAGUUGCACGAGAUGUGGAUGUCUCAGCUACGAUCGGGGAGAUGCUUAGGUCGAUUCGU